AUGGCAGCAACAACAUUCGGACCCAUUCUCGGACCCCCGAUAUCAGGCUUCAUCAGCGUGGUAUCCUGGAGCUGGGCCUUUUGGAUCGGAGUCAUCCUCGCCGGAGCAACAUGGCCGCUCUUCUACUUCUUCGACGAAACAUACGGUCCUACGAUCCUAAAGCGGCGCGCAAAGCGACUACGCAAGGAAACGGGUAAUGAGAAUAUCAUCGCACCGCUUGAAUUGGAGAAGACGGAUUUAAACCACAUAGUCACCGUCAUCCUGACCCGGCCACUGCGUAUGAUCUGCUUCGAACCUCUUGUACUAUUCACCUGUCUAUAUCUAAGUUACGCCUACGCCAUAUUCUACAUAUUCCUGCAAUCCUACCCCAUAAUCUUCACCGGCAUCUACCAUUUCAACGCCGGCGAAACAGGCCUAGCCUUCCUCCCUAUCGGCGUCGGCGCCCUCAUCUCCGCCGGCAUCUACUUGUCGUGGGACUGGUACUUGGCCCGCGCUCAACGCCUCAACCGUCCUUGGUCGCGCAACGAAGAGAUGCGGAGACUGCCGCUCGCUUGCAUCGCUGGCCCGUUCUUCGUUAUCAGCGCGUUCUGGCUGGGUUGGACGAGUAGAGAGAGUAUCCAUUGGAUUGUGCCUACGCUCGCGGGGAUACUGUUUGGAAUGGGGUAUCUGUGUCUCUUCAUGGCUUUACUCAACUAUCUCGUCGAUGCAUACGAAGUCUUCGCCGCGAGUGCCAUGGCGGCGGCGAGUUUAUCGCGGUCUUCGUUUGGGGCUGUGUUGCCUUUUGCUGCGAAACCGAUGUAUAGGACUAUGGGCGUAGCUUGGGCGACUAGUUUACUGGGGUUCUUCAGUCUGGCGCUGUGUGUUGUGCCAUUCGUGUUUGUGAGGUGGGGUGGGAGGAUGAGGGAUCGGAGUCAGUUUUGUCAGUAUCUGAGGAGGAAGAAGAGGGAAGAGGAGGAGGAAGCGGAGAAGGAGAGGGAGGGGUUGAGGGAGAAGAGAGUUAUGGUACAGCCCAAUGAGUUUAAGGGGAAGGAGGAUGUGUAG